AUGGCAAUUAAGCUUUUCGUUGGUAUAUUUUUCGGGUUUUUGAUGUGCACAAUUGACAUUGCUCAUGGUAGAAAGCUUGUUGAAAAGGAAAAUCAACCCAUUGCACAUGUAGAGGGUUCAAGUAAGAUUGGUUGUUCCACGGGAGAUAUGAUAUGUGGAGGAGGGCAUAAAUAUAAUAGAAAAGAAUCUCUCAAGGAAAAUAUUGGAGGAAUGUUCAAGGCAAGUAUUGGAAUAAGCUACGCCGAUGAUAAUGGAGAAAGAACUAAGAAUAUACAAGGAAGAGGAUGUGUGAAUGGUGAAGUUGGUUGUAAUGAUCUUAGUAGAAGAAACGGAAACAACCGGAACAAAAUCUACGCCAAAAAUAAAAGCUAUUCCAACAAAAAUGACUACUUAAACAUUGAAAAAAACGUCGCCAUCAGUAAUAACAACAGAAAUAACAAAAACAACAACGGUAGCCGCAACAAUAUUGGAAACAGAAGUGGUAGCAACAAUGGUGUCAUCAACGGAAAUAUUUCCCAAAACGGCAACCAAACCGUUAACGGUAAUGGCAGUGGUAAUAACAAUAGUGUUGGAAUUGGGGAUGAGAGCGGAAAGGGUAACAACGCCUUCAACUACAGUGAAGGAUCUUCUAGAGAUCCUGGUUUAAUCUGA